CUGCCUUCAGCCAAGGCCUCUCCUCCGGCCAGGUGGUCUACGAUGCCCGCAGGGUAAAGCAGAACGUAGUCCAUGUGUGUCCCCCUCAGAACUCUGGGUACUCCAGAAAGGACUUGGGUACCGUCUCCAGGCCCCAAGAGGGGCAUGGUCUGGUGAGCUCUGGUACAGAUGAGCAAACACUGAAGCAAUGCUGAGCAAACACUGAAGCAAUGUAGUGGGGACAGUGCCAAGCCCUCCACAGGAUCCAUACUGGGUUACCUGGAGUUGGGGAAUAUGGAAUGGAAGAUCUCAAAUGAUGCCAAAGACAAAUUUCUGCAGUCCAAGACCUUCCCUUACUGCAGCUUCCAUCCUUGCAGUUCUGAGAAGAGAAACACGGACCCCCAGGCUCCAGUCUACCCCCAAUUCCUGGUGUACUCCAAGGAUGCUGCACCUUCUCAACCUUGCUUCCAUUCUCCAACCAGUGCCCAGAGCUCACCAUGCGCCAUGCCUCCACCAUGCACUCUUUCUCUGCCUCUUGUUUCUCCCAGAUCCUUUGUCCUUCAUCAACACAGCAACCACCAGAAGCCCUCCACCUUAAUACAACCCCCCACCUUUCCCCCAACCUCCAAGUCUCCUCCGUCAGUCCUCUCUUCCCAGGGCCCCAUCCCUCCCCAGUUAUCCACUACUUCCCAAACCCCAAACCAGCCCCAACCCCCUGAACUUCGUGAGAGUCUAGGCCUCAACCAAGGCUCUGUCCUCCAAAGGACCCCAGGCCCUUCAAAAGACUGUAGAGUCUUUUGGAAUCCAGGCCUUACCCCAAAUCCAGGCCUCCACAAGAACCCAGGCCUUACCCGAGACCCAGGUCUCCACAGGAACCCAGGCCUUACCCGAGAGCCAGGCCUCCCAAAGAACCCAGGCCUUGCUCAAGAUCCAGGCCUCCACAAGCUUCCAGGCCUUACCCAAGACCCUUAUCUCUGCAAGAAUCCAAGCCUUUCCCAAGACUCUGACCUUCAGAAGAAUCCAGUCAUUACCCAAGGUUCUGGCUCCCAGAAGAGCUUAGGUUCUACUCGAGAUGGACGUUUCUUUAAAAGCCCAUAUCUCCCCCAACCCUCUGGUCUCCACAAGAACCCACCAUUUCUCCAAACUUCUGACAUUCAGAGGAGCUCAGGCUUUAUGCAUGAUUCUGGAGUCUAUAGGAAUCUAGAACAAAACCAAGAGACUGUACUCUAUAAAAGUCAAGAGCUCUCCCAAAGAACUGACCUCCAUAAUAGCCCACACCCUUGUCAAGAUUCUGGAUGUUACAAGAGUACAGGUAGUGCCCAAGAUCCAGGAGUCUCUAGGAGUCCAGACUUUACCCAAGAUUCUGGGCCACAGAAGAGUCCAUACCUUGCCCAAGACUCUGGAGUCAACAAGAGCUCAGGCCUUUGCCAGGAAUCUGGUCUCCAUAAGAGCUCAGGCCUUGUGCAAACCCCUCGCCUCCAUAAGGGCUCAAGCCUUACCCGAGACUCAGGAGACUACAAGAAUCCAGGUCUUACCCAAGAUUCUGGAGUCUGCAGGAGCCAAGGCCUUACACAAGAUUCUGACCUCCAUAAGAAUCCAGGCCUUACCCAAGCCACUGAAGUCAAAAGGAGAUGUGGCCUUACCCAAGAGGCUGGAAUUUACAGGAGCUCAGAACAUACCCACGACCCUAACUUCCACAAGUACUCAGGAAUUAAUCGAGAUCCUGGCCCCCAUAAGGGUCCAGCCCUUACUCAAGACUCUGGCUCAUCCAAGAGAUCAGGCCUCCAUAACAACUCAUGCCUUAUCCCAAAUCCUGGCCUCCACAAGAACCCUCUAGGAACUGACUCUGUCCAAGUUUUGGGCCCACAUCAGACCUGAAACUCAUUUAUAUCUGAGGCAGUUCCUCGAAAGGAGGAUGCAGGGCAGCACAUACCAUGGACUUCUGUCCCACCCAGUCAGAACUCCUGCUCUCCCAAGGCUCAAGUGACCUACAAUGACCUGCAAACCUUCUCAGAGGUACCUGUACUGAUUGAGCUGCAAUCAUCCUCCCGGCGAGCAGGCAGCCAAGACUGGGUGUACCACCCCAUGGAUACAGUUCCUCCAGCCUGCCAGAACUAUCGCCAGAUGUCUACGCCUCCCAAGACCAGCUGGAAGCCCUACUGUCCUGGGUCAGGCACCCGGCUAGGGCAUGGGGUCUUUGACGCCCGCCAGAGACAGUUCAGAGCGGCUAGGGACAAGUGCGAAGCUCUGUCUCCCAGGUGCCUUCACUGAGAGACAUCCAACAACUCACGGAGACCAUCAAGGAGUGGGGAUAUCAGGGGACAGAUAUGCAUGAGGAAUAAAGAGACAAGCGAAGUGUCCUGUGGUUGUGUGAGGACAUCCACCCCAGCCCCAUCCCACAGGGCCUGAUGAGGACCUAAACUAUCCCUGCUUUCCCUCCAUCGCUGUCUAGCUAAAUCCGUUCUCCCCAAGGCCCUAGAGCUGCAUUGUCAAUUACAGUAGCCACUAGCCAAAUAUGC